UUGCGCCGCUGGGCGAAGUUGCUGUGAGGCGCGCACCUCUGGCUGCAGGAAGGUAGUGACUGUGGAAUGCGAACUGGUGCUGGGACCUUCGGACGAUCAGUGGCGCUGCCACCGCCUUCUGGCUGGCGGCUUUGAGAAGGGAGCCUUGGGCUUGGAUUGAGGCUCCCGGAUCUGCAGUGUUGAUCCCCGGGUAACUGGAAUGGAUCUGCGGCUGCUGCAGCUGUAAUAGGCAGAGCUAGUAUUGGAUGGCGUGUGUGACAGCAGCAGAUCCAGCCUUACUAGGAUUAAAUGUGCGUGGAGCUGGAGGAAGUUUCAUGAUCUGAAACUCAUUGGAACCUAUGAAGAGACAUGACGACUUCAUAAGGGACUUUUCUACAGUUUCUUUCUUUCUUGUUCCAAAUCAUGAUGCCCCCAGCCAAUAAUGUGCCAUUCACUUAAGACAGGAUUUAUCCUGGGAAAGGGAUAUCCAAACCAUGAAUCCUGAGCAUCUUUUCAGCCUCUUACGUGUCCGUUAAUUUUGUUAGACUUCUGGGCACAUUGUUCAGCAUUAACAGUUAUACUGCCUUGCUCAGCUUGAGCCUUCCUAUUCCUGUUGAGCCUUCAAGUGUGCUGAUUCUUCUGCAGCAUGGCUUCAGUAUGGAAAAGACUGCAACGUGUUGGGAAACAUGCAUCCAAGUUCCAGUUUGUGGCCUCUUAUCAGGAACUGAUGGUUGAAUGCACCAAGAAAUGGCAACCAGAUAAAUUGGUAGUGGUUUGGACAAGAAGAAGCCGAAGGAAAUCUUCUAAGGCUCAUAGUUGGCAACCAGGAAUAAAGAAUCCUUACCGUGGGGUGGUAGUGUGGCCUGUUCCUGAAAACAUUGAAAUCACUGUGACACUUUUUAAGGAUCCCCAUGCAGAGGAAUUUGAAGACAAAGAGUGGACAUUUGUUAUAGAAAACGAAUCUCCUUCUGGACGCCGGAAAGCCCUUGCUACCAGCAAUAUCAACAUGAAACAAUAUGCAAGCCCCAUGCCGACACAGACAGAUGUCAAGUUAAAGUUCAGGCCUUUGUCUAAGAAAGUUCUCUCAGCCACCCUGCAGUUCUCAUUAUCCUGUAUUUUCCUAAGAGAAGGAAAGGCCACAGAUGAAGAUAUGCAGAGUCUGGCAAGUCUGAUGAGUAUGAAGCAAGCAGAUAUUGGAAAUUUAGAUGACUUUGAGGAAGAUAAUGAAGAUGAUGAAGAAAAUAGAGUAAACCAGGAAGAAAAGGCUGCAAAAAUUACAGAAAUUGUAAACCAGUUGAAUGCUCUGAGCAGCUUAGAUGAAGAUCAAGAUGACUGCAUAAAGCAUACAAAUAUGCUGUCCACUAAAUCAGCCAGUUCUUCUGAAGAACUUAUCAACAAGCUUAGUUUCCUGGAUGAAGAGGAGCAAGAUUUGGCAAAUUCAAGAUCAAAUCCAUUUGUAGAUUCUGAUAGGUCUGAGCUGAAUCCUUUUGGAGACACUGAUAUCGAAGAACAAGACAUUAAGAUGACUUCAUUAUCCAAACAAGAGCGCUACUGUGAUGACAGCGAUGAAUAUAACCCCUUUAAAGAAAAGAGUGUGGAGUAUAUGAACCCUUUUGAUGAGCCAGACCCUGAACCUGAGGUCCUAUUACCUGUCAAAGACUCUCCUCCUCAACCUAGCAAAAGGAAAAAUAUCCGGCCUGUGGAUAUGAGCAAAUAUCUUUACGCUGACACAUCAAGAACAGAUGAAGAGGAGUUAGAUGAAUCCAAUCCCUUUUAUGAACCCAAAGCAAGUUCGACUUUAAAUGAUCAAGUUACUUCAGUGCAAGAAACAGAAAGGAAGAUGAAAAGAAAAGCUCCGGAACCACCAAUUCUCUCACCUAAGGUAGAAAGAGAAGCAAGUGAGAACAUGUCAGCUAUUCAUGCAGUGAAAGAGCUUUCCUCUUCUCCUAAGCCAAGCCCAUUACCAAGUCCUGUUUUGGGGAGAAAGCCAAAUGCUAGUCAGUCAUUGCUUGCUUGGUGUAAAGAAGUUACAAAAAACUACCGAGGAGUAAAAAUCACCAAUUUCACUACAUCUUGGAGAAAUGGUUUAUCCUUUUGUGCAAUAUUACAUCACUUUAGACCUGACUUAAUUGAUUACAAGUCCCUGAAUCCUCAAGACAUUAAGGAGAACAACAAAAAGGCAUAUGAUGGACUUGCUAACUUGGGAAUAUCCCGGCUACUUGAACCUUCUGACAUGGUUUUGUUAGCUAUUCCUGACAAGCUGACUGUUAUGACCUAUCUGUAUCAAAUACGGGCACAUUUCAGUGGCCUGGAGCUAAAUGUAGUUCAGAUUGAAGAAAACAGUAGCAAAAGCACAUACAAAGUCGGCAACUAUGAAACAGACACAAACAGCUCUGUUGACCAGGAAAAAUUCUAUGCAGAACUAAGUGACCUAAAACGAGAGCCAGAACUGCAGCAGGCAGACUUUGUUUUCCAGAAAGACCCAGUAUUUGUAAAUGACAGCAGAGUUCUAGAGUCAGAAGGAGACAGAGAACCUCAAGACACAGCUGAGUCACGAAGUUUGGCCUCUCCUCCUCCUCACAGGACUAUAGGUGAUGCAGAGCAACCAAAAAAACAGCAGGGAAGGAUUUCGAGAAUAGCAGAACCUGAAAAAAACAGUACAGCACAAACACAGCCCCUGUUGGGAAGGAAAAAGCUUCUCAAAGCAGACACUCUAGACCUGAGUGAUCUCAUGCAGAUCAGCAAUCUAAAAAGGGAUCCACUUCCCACAACCGUAGAUGAGGAUAUUGACAAAAAAGGACAUCAGAAUUGUGACACUGCCAUUUGUGUCUCAGAACCUGAAAAACAGAAGCACCUCAGCCUUAGAGAUAGUAGAAAAUUGGAUUCUGAAUUACACGUUGAAAAAACAAAUUUAGAAGUGGGAAAUAAAUCUGGAUGCUCCAACAAUAGGGAUGUGGAUAUUAAUAAAUUAGAUACGCAACUGGAGACUAAGCUAGAGUUUGAGGCCAAAACAGUGAUACAUCCAACAGAUCUGCCUGGAAAAACUGCACAGCAACGAAUGUUAUCAAGACAAGAAGAGUUAAAAGAACGUGCAAGAGUCCUGCUGGAACAAGCAAGAAAAGAUGCCGCUUUAAAGGCAGGAAACAGACAGUUCUCCAGUUCAAUCGUCCCAGGCCGCUCUAAGCAACUGACUGAUCAGCAAGAUGAAGAGCGGCGUCGGCAGCUGAGAGAGAGAGCUCGUCAGCUAAUAGCAGAAGCUCGAUCUGGAGUGAAGAUGUCAGAACUUUCUAGUUACAAUGAAAUGGCUGCAGAAAAGUUGAAAGAAAGGUCAAAGGCAUCUGGAGAUGAGGAUCGGAGUGAUAAUAUUGUGAUAGUUUCUAAUGAGGAGAUUCCCGAGUACAUUAUUUCUAGUGGUGAAGAUCAACAUACUAACCUAGAAAAUGAGCUUGAUUCUGAUGUUGAGCAAAACAGCAAGUUGGUGGAUUUGAAGCUGAAGAAACUCAUAGACGCUCAGCCACAGGUGGCAAAUUCACUUACCAGCACAGCUCCAAAACCAGUUUCUGAUAACACCGAGCCAAUGUUUACGAAUGAGACAGAGGAACAUGCUGAGCGAUUACAAAAAGCAGCUGAACGUUUUAGAAGUCCUGUUGUUUUCAGCAAGGAUUCAACAGUCAGAAAAACGCAGCUUCAGUCAUUCAGUCAAUACGUUGAAAACAGACCAGAGAUGAAAAGGCAGAGAUCAAUACAGGAAGAUAUAAAGAAAGGAAAUGAGGAGAAGGCAGCGAUAACUGAAACUCAGAGGAAGCCAUCAGAAGAUGAAGUGCUUAAUAAAGGGUUCAAAGACACCAGUCAGUAUGUUGUAGGAGAAUUGGCAGCACUAGAGAAUGAGCAAAAGCAAAUUGACACCCGUGCCGCGCUGGUGGAGAAGCGCCUUCGCUAUCUCAUGGACACAGGAAGAAAUACUGAAGAAGAAGAAGCUAUGAUGCAAGAAUGGUUCAUGUUAGUCAAUAAGAAAAAUGCCUUGAUAAGAAGAAUGAAUCAACUUUCUCUUCUGGAAAAGGAACAUGACUUAGAAAGGCGGUACGAACUACUGAACAGGGAGCUAAGAGCCAUGCUUGCUAUUGAAGACUGGCAAAAGACUGAAGCUCAGAAGAGGCGGGAGCAACUUUUGCUAGAUGAACUUGUUAUUCUUGUUAAUAAACGUGAUGCACUGGUCAGAGAUUUAGAUGCCCAAGAAAAACAGGCUGAAGAAGAAGAUGAACAUUUGGAAAGGACACUUGAACAAAACAAAGGAAAAAUGGCCAAGAAAGAAGAGAAAUGUAUCCUUCAAUGACUAGCUUUCAUGGUCCAAGAUACUGUCACUUUUUGUAACUUCAGCCUUCUUACAUUUUGGAUAUAUGCCAACAACAAGACUAGAAAAACUAAAUCACAAAAAGACAGACUUUUCCAUUUGGCCAGAUCAGGUUUAUCUUAAAUUGAUUUCUGAUUCUCUUCCCCCUUUUCAUUCAAGCAACAGGGUUUCAGAAUUAGCUUUCCACCAGGAUUUUUUAAUGGGUUUAAUUAUCUUAAAUAAGUUUGCUCCCAAAUGUUUAAGAAGCCAUCUAGUUGUGUAAGAAGGGAGAAAACCUUAGCAUUAUGUUUUUAGUUAAAAAAAACUUGCAAAUACAUUGUUCUAUGUAGUCACAUAGCAGAGAAAGAAGGAAACAUAUGCUCAAUUGUUUCCUCUAGUUCUGCCAUAUGUAAUAUUAAAUAUGCUAUCAACCAUUUUAUUGUUAGAUCAUACUUAUACCAUUUCUUUCAAUGUGCUAUAUUUACAUGCGUUUUUCAGCUGCAGUUUUACACUUUCAUUGUAAGUACAAUUAUGAAAUUUAAGGCUUUCUUAUGUGCUCAGAGAGCAGUUCUUUUUAACCAAUCUUUCAAGAGUCUUGCAACUUAAAAAAAAGUGAUUGUAAAAAUAAGGCUAACUGAAGUAUGAUCAGUUUACAGAAAAUUCUUCUUUUGAGGCUACCCCAUUUUUAUUAAUUAUUUAUUUACCCAUUAGUUUAGUUCCCUUUUCUUGAUCUUGUGCUGGACCUCUGCACUCUGGUUCUACAGUGCUGUUAAUAUUUAUUCUGUAUCCAUCAGGGGUCUGUCUUGCCAUUGUUUGCAAAAUCUUGCAAGUAAAUAUAUCCUUCUCUAGCAUCAUGCUCAUUUUUGUGGAAAUGGUUAUGUUUAUUUAUUACAAUACCAAGUUAUGUAUAAAUUUUCAAUAAAAGCUGGAUCUUUCUUACCAUA